GUUGCGCCUGCGGGCUCUUUCCCCCGCGGCCUGUCGUCCCUGACUCCGGUAGGGCGCUUCCGGCGGCGUCGCGUGUCUUUCCGGCGCCCGGCGGCCCCGCGAGAUGUCCGCCUGGCGCCUUCCCCCGCCGCCCUUCCCGGGCCGGGCCGGGCCCGGAGCCUGGCCGCCCCCCGCCCCGCCGCCGCGCCUCCCAGGGGGAGAUUACCAUUUUGGCAAAGAAUGGCAAGCGGAACAAGCCGGACUGCCACAUUGUGGAGCAUAUCAAAAAAACUGCAAGCGAAAGAACAGGAAGAGGAAACAGCCAGUUUACACUCAUUAUUGUGACACGUGUGAUCGUGGUUUUAAAAAUGUGGCAAAAUAUGAGGAGCACCUCUCUCAGCACAGAAAGUGUACAGAAGACGGGUGUGAUUUUAGUGCACAUGAGAAAUUGGUUCACAUACAUUGGAAAAAUAUGCAUUCUCCUGGAGCCAAAAGAAUCAAGUUAGAUACACUUGAGGAAAUUGCUAAAUGGAGAGAAGAAAGAAAGAAGAAUUUUCCUACUUUGGCAAAUGUUGCGAAGAAGAACAUGCUGCAGAUGGGAAAGGAGCAGAGAGGAGAGGUACUCAGUACGCCGCAGUUCGGCAAGAUGAGGGGAAUGUGGACGCCCCCCCAAGGCAAGACUUUGCAGCAGCCCAGAAAAGAAGGGCCUCAGACCGCCGGCCUCUGGGCCGCAUCUCAGAGUGGCGAUGGCAACCUUCUCCCGAACGCCUCAGGUGUGGGAGCUGAACGAGAGCCUGCUGGGCGAGACGGAGAUCCUCUCGGCCUUCUGGCCACGAAUGACCCAGAUUCAGACAAAGAAGCGGGAGCUGCAGAGGAGGCGGCGGCGGCGGCCUUGGGAGAGACCAUCGUUCCAAAACAGAUAACCUCCGCUUUGAGCUCUCUGGUGGCCAAUUAUGGCAGUUUGUCGGAAAAUGAAAGUGAGCAGGAUGAACCCAUCAAGACUGCAGAAAAAACAAUGGUUGAAAAUCAGGCCAUUCUCAGAAGUAUCCCUCCACCUUCGAACAUCGCUCACAUCUUGAAAGACACAGACCAUAAAGAAGCUGCUCCCUGUGGGGCUGAAACUUUGGGGAGAUCAAAUCCAUGUUCAGAACGCACCAGAGGUCCACGCCGACAGAGGAAAACACCUUGGAAGACGCCAAAGUGCCGCCCAACACUGCUGGAAAUGCUGCUGGCAAAGGAUAUACGGCAUGAAAGGAACGUGGUCCUGCAGUGCAUCCGCUACGUCAUCCAGAACAUGCUGGGACUCCCCUCGCAGGCCGUUUCAGCAGGAGGCCUGGAGACUGGGCAGGCGCUUCGAAAUGUGGAGGAAGGGCUCUUUCCAGGCCGGCGUGGUGGACCCAUCGUCACCUGUUGUGGUUUUGACCCUCAAUUAGCAGAACAGAGAGAAUUGGCCGAUCAGAACAAGGAGGCAGCCCUGCCUCAGACAUCACGAGCAUCUCCUGCUGCGGAGGAGGACGUGUGGGAAACCACAACACUCCUUUCUAAUUGAUACUGAGGCAGUUGUAGAGAGCCGGAAGGCCCCGCUCUCAUUUCAGGGUGGUGGUUUCAAAGAUGAUCAGGUUGUAUUACUAAAAGCAGUUUUUGUGCUGUAAAGUACAUCCAGUUAUGUGAACUCUCCCAAAGAUUUUGGCCGUAUCUCUUUU